GGAGAGAGCUGGCCUGGCAGAAGUUACCAAAUUUCAGUUUGGGACUGAACCCAAGUUGCCAACCAGCUGAAAAAACAGAAGGCCGAUAAGACAUUCAAAAUGCUUCAUUUCAUGCUCUUAGGAGGCAUAUGAAGGCAUUCAAGAGUAACCUUUCCGAGUUUUCCGGCUUCACAUGGCAUGACAAUAAGAUCAAAUGAAAAGUCGUAGUAGUUUUCUGAAUCUACCACAAAACUAAAAUCAAAGAGAAAGUUGAAAAAUAUGUUCUAGAGAAACUCUUGAAGUUGAGAAGUUCUGUUACAUGCUUGACAUACAUGUUGCAAAAAGAGCCCGAGCCAGAAAGGAUGAACUAGUGGCAGAGCUACUGAAGUUCUUAGCAGCUCUUUGUGUGACAACUGAUGUUGUACUAGCAGAAAAGGAGGAGCUAUAAAGCGUUAAGAGGAACUUCGACGCAAUAAUACUGGCAUCAUCUGAAAGCACAACCACAAAAUGCUCCGCAAGAAAAAGAAGAAACACUCUUGAUACUGUUAAAGGCGAGGAGAAGAAGAGUUCACAUGGAAAAGAAGAUGAUUCCAAAGAUGACCGAAAAAGGAAGGACGAGGUCGACGAGCAUUUUCAAAGCAAGGAUGAGGGCAAUGAUUUGAAAGAAGAAGUGGAAGCACCUACCCAAGGUUCAGUGAAAUCAUCUGCAAAGAAAGAGGCUUCUAGAAAAAUUGUGUCAAAGAAAAUUCCAACGCCUCAGGGCACUUAGCAAACUAAAAGCAAAGACGUGGACAAUGAUUUAGAAUAAUAAGCAGCAGAACCUAAGGAAUACUCGAUGAAAUCUUCGGCGAAGAAAGAAGCUUCUUGAAAAUCUGAAAUAAAGAAAUCUCCGACAACUAAGGGCUCUGAGCAUUCUCAAAGAAAACACAAGGACAGUGAUUAGGAAGAAGAAGCGGAAGCCUAAGCAAGGUUCAGUGAAAUCAUCAGCGGAGAAAGAAGCUUGUUGAAAAUCUGAAUUAAAUGAAAACCCUGACACUCAAUAAAGCCAUUAUUAUCAGUUUGCUUAAAAAAUACUCUAUCCAUUCAACAUCCAAGCACUCUGUUGAAAGCAGUCGUGCGCGUACUUAAGUGGCCUCCUUGGGGAAGAAAAAGGAUGUGAAAACAGGUAAAAGGAAGUGUAUAACUUCUUCAAAAUCUGCCACCAAUGUGUUCACUAGCAAGGAGAAAGCUGGAAACAGUUGUUGAAAGGGAAAGAUGAUCGGAGUAAGGAUGCAAAUCCCGCUGCUCCAUUGUUCAAGUUCUGGAAAGGGCUAAAUAAUCUAGAAGGGUACAUGAAAUGUAAAAUCAAUUUCGUGUGUGGAAAUCGUGUAAAUGUAAGUUAUCCCUUUUUGGGAGAUCACCAUAGCGACAAUAGCAAAAUUGCGGCCUGAAUAUUGUGGGUUGCCAGGUUACAAGCUGGAUUUUUUUGGAUCGAGAUGUGGCAGAAAACAUAAUUGUGAUGAAUCAUAUCAUGUCUUAGAGAUUAAUCCAGAUAGAUAAGUUAUGAAUAUUACAAAUAAGGAUUUCUUGGAUGAUGAUGCUGCUUUCCCAGCUAAAUAUCCGAUUGCAGAUUUUAAUUCUACAUUAUUCAAUUGUGAUCCUGAUACUGUACAGCUGGUUCUUUUAUUUCAAAUCUUUAUUGGUGCAAGCAGUACACCUACAAGUGAUGCUUAUUAUUGGUUCGCUUGUAAUGUGGCUAUAAUUUCUCCCGAUUUUUCUUCCUCCAGCGAAACUGUGAAAGUACAAGUCAUGAGGGAAGCAAGCUCUAGGAAGUUUUAUCAAUAAGACUGACACACUCCCUACAGCUUUAAAGCAGGGUUUCGGUGUGACUUAUGUCACUCCACUGAAACUAGAAGCAGCAUCAGCAUGUGUGUUACUUGCAGUGGUGCUGGUGGAACAUGCAGAUGUGAAACUGCAGCAAACAUCCCAGCCUGUUUUUGUCCCAAUGGCGGCAACACUAGAGAUGUAUGUGCUGGUUCACCUUCUGCCCCUGCUGCACCAUCUCCUGGAGAAUAAUCUGGAAAGAUACGAGAAAUGUCAAAGAAGUUUUGUGUGUGGAGACAGUGUAGACGUAGGCUAUCCAUUUUGGGGAGGUCAUUAUAGUAACGGUGAUAAGUCUCGGCCUGAAUACUGCGGGCUUUCAAAUUAUAGGCUGGAUUGUUUAGAUGGGGAUGUAGCACAAAUAGAAAUUUCAGGAGAAUCAUAUCGUAUCUUAGAGAUUAAUACAGAAACCCAAGUUAUGAACAUUACAAAUACGGCUUUUGUGGGUUAUGAAUCUUAUGGUGCUUGCCCAUUUGAAUAUCCAAUCCCAAAUUUUCAUUCGGCCGAUUUCAAAUUGGCUCAAGAUGUUGAUCAGCUGACUCUGUACUCUGAUUGUGUUAAAAUUCCAGAUCAGCUUACCUUUCGGUUCAAGUGUCUGAUUUACGGUUCACCAACAAGAGAUGCUUACUUUUGGUUCAAAAUGGCUCCUGGUGUUCCUCCGGAUUUCUCAUCCUGCAACAAAACUGUGAAAACUCCAGUUAUGCUUACAGCUCUAAGAGAUCUUACCACUAACCCGGAAAUACUCCCUGCAGUUCUAAAGCAGGGCUUCAACGUGACUUAUUUUAAUGCUGAAAGUGAUAUCGGCAUCGGCUUGUGUUUACGCUGCACAAGUUCUGGUGGAACAUGCGGAUCCAACACUACAGAGAAGAUGCCAACCUGCUUUUGUCCGGAUGGUAGCAUUAGAGAUGCAUGUGUUGAUCCACCUUCUGCAACCUCUCCUGCUGCCAAGUUUAAGAAAUUGAGGAGAAUUUCAAUAGGUGUAGUGGCUGCAUUUGGUGCUCUUGGAAUCAUGUUAUCUAUUCCCCUAAUGAUAUAUUUCCUGAGAAAGAAACGUUCAUCAUGCGAUGGCUUGGAGGCUUUCUUUAAAACCCAUGGGUCCUUAGCUCCGAAGAGAUACAGUUUCAAAGAUGUCAAGAGAAUGACUAAUUCCUUCAAAGAGAAACUUGGCAAAGGAGGGUAUGGUUCUGUCUUCAAAGGUAAGCUUCCUGAUGGUCGUCUGGUUGCAGUGAAGGUUUUAUUCAGCAAUAUGAAAACUAAGAACGCUGGUUUAGAAUUCUUCAAUGAGGUUGCAAGCAUUAGUAGGACUUCCCAUGUCAACAUUGUCGCUCUACUUGGUUUUUGUUUUGAUAAGAGAAACAAACGAGCUCUUAUCUAUGAAUUUAUGCCUAAUGGAUCUCUUGAAAAAUUUAUCUUCGGUGAAAAACUGGCCACAUCAGAAGAAGAUCUUGUGUUUGGCUGGGAAACAUUUUACCGAGUUGCAAUUGAAAUUGCUCGUGGACUCGAGUACUUGCACCGUGGUUGUACAACGAGAAUUCUACAUUUUGACAUAAAACCUCAUAACAUUCUCCUGGACAAGGACUUUCAUGCUAAAAUAUCAGAUUUUGGACUAGCCAAACUUUGUUUGGAAAAAGAGAGCAUCAUAUCUAUGUCUAGAGCAAGAGGAACUGCUGGUUACAUAGCUCCAGAAGUAUUCAAUAGAAACUUCGGAGGUAUUUCUAACAAGUCAGAUGUGUAUAGUUACGGAAUGAUGAUACUAGAAAUGGUUGGGGGGAGAAAGAACAUUGAUGUGAAAGUGGGACUAGAGCAUCUUUCUCAACUAUAUUUUCCACAUCGGAUCUACGAUCGUAUCAAGUUAAACGAGGAUCUUGGGUUGCAUGGGAUUAUGACUGAUGAAAGAGAGCAGGCUUCCAAGAAGAUGAUUAUUGUGGGUUUGUGGUGCAUACAGACGAAUCCAUUAAGUCGGCCUUCGAUGAGUAAAGUGUUGGAAAUGUUGGAAGGAAGCCUGGAAGCCUUGGAGAUUCCACCAAAACCGUUUCUGUCGUCUCCUCCAAGAUCACUCAAGCCAUCAACUUCUUCUUCAACUAGCGCUUAGAGUCGGACAUCAUAACAUGGAAUUACCGGCAUAAUUCUUUUAAGCAUAAUAGAACCUACAGUAUAUGUGAAAUAAGUUGCAUUCAUAUAUGCAGAUGCAUUUCAAUGUACUUCAUGGCUUCAUAAUCAUCACAUAUCCCCACAACAUGUUGUUUUUCAAAUUGGCUUGCAUUUACAAUAAGUCUAAUGCUAAGUUCUUUCUA